AUGGCACUGCUAUCCAAUGGUGCUUCCUCGAUGCAGAUAACAGCACAGUCGGCCAACGGAGGCCCAAGCGGUAGUGGCACCGAUGGCACCGGAGAUUUCAACUCCAACGAUCAUAUCUUCUUUUCGAGCCUGUUCAGCGCGCUGCCUUGCUGGGAUGCACCGCACAAGCCCAGCUCCGGACCGGUUAUGGUUCCACAAAGCAAUAACAACACCUCACUGGAUCGUGAUAGCAUUAGUAUUACGGAGGACAUUUUAUUCUCCAACGUGUUGGGUGCAAUCGGAUCAGGUAGCAGCGUCGGAAGUGGCAGCGGAACAACUGGAAUGGGUCCCGGAGUUGGCAUCAUUGGUACCGCGAAUGGGGCGAACAGUGGUCACGGUGGGGCCUCCUCGGCGGUGAGCGAAAUUUUCGGUGCAAUAGGUUCGGCCGCGUCCCACCACAUGACACCGAGCACGUCCCCACAAACGAACUCUUCGAAUGGCAGCCAUUGCCCGUCAUCCGUGGGGGCCAUCUGUGGCCGAUGCGAUACGCACGCGUCAAGCCGGUGUCUCGACUGUAACGACGUGCUGUGCGAAGACUGCACACAUCUGCAUGGGAAGAAUGCCUUCACGAAGGAUCACUGCGUGAUCUCGAUCAACACAAUCUCACCGAUCGGUUCGGCUAACUGUAUGGUGGGGAACGGGCAUGGAGGUGUGGUCGGACCGGUUGGAGUCGGGAAUGGAUCAAUGGCGGGAGUGAUGGGUGAACCGCAUUGUAAUGUACACGGUGAGGCGUUGCGCUAUCUGUGCGAAUCCUGCAAGAAGGUCGUCUGUCAGGAGUGCACCCUGUGGGAUCAUAAGGAUCACUCGUGCAUUCCGGUGGCGAACAUUUCGCACGGCGCCCCGGAUAAGAUCAUGUCGAUACUGGAGAGUGGUAAGCUGGGCACGAAGUACAUCAAGGCUAGCAUCGAUCGUGCGGUCACGUACUCGCAGGCCGUCGAACGGGACGCGAUGGAGGCGUCAGCGCGCAUCCGGAAGGCGAUGCGUCAUUUCAUACUUGCCGCAGAGGAUCGCGAGCGGACGCUGCUGGACCGAGUGGACAAGUUUCGUCAGCAGAAACUAACCUCACUCUCGGAUCAGAUGGCGGGCCUGCGGGCUGCACUGGCGGGACUCUCGCAGACGUCCGACAUGCUGACGAAGGCGCUGGAUUCGGUGCCGGUCAUGACGAGCAUGGAGAUUGCGAAAACUCUCACGACAGGCGAGAGCCAGAUGGAGCAGUUUGCAACGAUGUACAAAAAUCUGCAGCCGAAGGAAGAGUUCAUCACGUUCGUGGCUCCGAACUUUGAGCUGCUCCAGGAGAUCCGCAUGCAAGGCGACGUCAUGCUAGUGGGGCAGCGCAGCAACUCGGUGUCCUCGAAUGGGUCGGGAAGCACGUGCAUCCAGGGUCCGUCAGGGGUGACCAGUGGAAACCUUGGCUCCGGUAACGGCGUCGGAGGAGCCAGCAGCGUGGUAGGAAUCGGUAAUGUCCUUACGCGACGUCCGAUCGUACGCAGCACAACGCCAGCGCAGCGUAUUAGUUCGUCGUCCUCGUCCUGGGAACCGAUGGGAAAAAUACCGGGAGGCAGCUCGUCUGUGCUAGGAUCUUCUCCGACGUCUUUCGGCAUCGGACCGAUCCCUGGAGCACCAGUGCUUGGACAGUGCAUCCCAGGUUGCAACAACCAUGUGGCGGCUAAACCAGCCGUCGGACCAAGUCUGACUUUCGGAUUCGAUGGGCACGAAGACGGACAGGUGUCACGCCCGUGGGGCAUCACUGUGGACAAGGAAGGACAGAUUUUGGUUGCCGAUCGACGUAACAACCGGGUGCAGAUAUUUUAUCCAGACGGAACGUUCAAGCUAAAGUUCGGCUCGAAGGGAACGGCCAACGGGCAGUUUGAUCUGCCAGCUGGAAUCUGUACGGAUGGGCAAGGCCGCAUCAUCGUCGUCGACAAGGACAACCAUCGUGUGCAGGUGUUUUCGGCUGGAGGACUAUUUCUUCUCAAAUUCGGUAGCUACGGCAAGGAAAGCGGUCAAUUUCAGUACCCUUGGGACGUGGCUGUUAACACGAAGGGCGAGAUUCUUGUGACUGAUUCGCGUAACCAUCGUAUUCAGUUGUUCAGCCCCGAUGGUUUGUUCAUCUCACGCUACAGCUUUGACGGCGUCAAUCACAGCCGGUACCUGAAAGGAUUGACAACGCCGCGUGGAGCAUGCUUUACGCCGCAGGGCGAUAUAAUUAUUUCCGAUUUUGAAAAUCAUCGACUGCUGCUGAUCGAUGCAACUCUCUCGAAGGUUUUGGCUGCCAAAGGGCAUGAAGGCUCGGCCGUACACGAGUUUAGUCGACCAUCUGGAAUAUGCUGCGAUGACGAUGGCCGUGUGAUUGUGGCUGAUUCAAAAAAUCAACGAGUUUUAGUAUUCUCACCUCAGCUCGAGUUCCUAUGGGCGGUUGAAAUUCGACCCUCGUCGAAUGGUUUGCUGGCAAUCGGCAUUGACGAGAAGGAUAGACCAAGCGAUGUCGCCCUUUUACCGGAUGGUAGGCUGGUGGUGAUGGUAGAAACAUCACCGGACGCGCGUGACCAAUGCAGUCCGCAGAAAACAUUCGUCCAGAUUUACUAG